UCUUCCUGGUUUAUUUGAUGUUCAGCUUGAACUGAACACCAACCAUCGGACUGAUGCAGCGAUGGCGGCCGUGGUGCUGCUCCUGCUCCUGCUCUCAGUCUGUGAAUGUGACAGUGUGGAGGUCAAAGGUCACACAGGUCAGGACGUCAUUCUGCCCUGUAAAUAUGACAGGAAAUAUCACGGCGCUCUGUCAGUGUGCUGGCAGCGAGGAGAACUACCGACCAGAGGCUGCUCCAAUCAGCUGAUCUCCACAGAUGGGCUCAGAGUGGAAACCAGAGCUCCCAGCAGGUAUCAGCUGCUGGGCCGACUGGAGGACGGAGACGUCUCUCUGACCAUCAUGAACCUCACAGAGGGAGACGCUGGACGAUACGGCUGCAAGGUGGAGAUACCCGGGCCGUUCAACGACGAGAAGCAUCACAUCGAUCUGACUGUUGUUGACGACCUGAGCGGCACCACAGCUCCUCACAUCUUAACCACCAUCACCACCGUGGUGGGACAAACAGGAAGUGAUGUCACAGCCACAGACUUGAUGACGACGCAGACUCAGACUGCGGUGAGGAUCACGGCUGUGCAGCAGGUAGACCACCUGGAGAUCUUCAUCAGGAACUCAGCGAGACUGACCUUCAUCAUCUUCAUCCCUGCUCUGCUGACUGCAGCUCACAGAGUUUGGAGGCGUGGUCAGAGACUGAAGACUGACAGCAGGCUCAGCCAAUCAGAGGAGGAGGAGAGUCCUGCGUGAACAGUCUGAGCUUGCGCUGAAGCCCCGCCCUGGGAAUGACCUCACAGAUCAGAGUUGGUGUUU